AAAAUAAGAUUUAAACAUUCUGAGCCUGUUAAGAUUUAAGAUACCAGUAAUUAGGUAUAAAGAAAUAAACGUUUAUCAAUCAAGGUGCCUGUUAAAACUCGUUCACUAGGACAGAGCCCAAGUAGAUACGAUGUAACUGGUGUUCAUUAUGCCCUCUAUAAAGAAGAGGGUUACAGGGUUUAUUAGACAGAUAUCCGGUCCUUCUCAGAGCGGAAAUCGGACUGCUCCUGUAUCUCCUCCGCCUCAGUAUGAGAAGUGUUUUAUCCAGCGGUACCUAGCGGGCGAAAGUAGACCUAAACAACCGGAUAUACAUCAUGCUAAAACUGGACACAGUUUGCCGGUGUACGCAUUGGGCUAUCUUCAACCUGAAGUGUUCGCUGCUUUUACUGGCCCUGAAGGAGGGUUAACAUGCAUUUCCAGAAGUAAAGAUGAAAAUGAGAAGGAGAAACUUUCUGCCCCUGGUGAUGUCGAUUAUAUAGAUAUUGAGGAUGGCCGUAUUAGUAAAACAGCUUCUAGACGCGCCAGUAUUGCUGCUGAAAUGGUGCAGAGCUUUGAAUUGAAUUCUUCAGAAAGGGUUUCUACUGGAGUGGAUAGAACAGAGAGUGCAGAGGACAUUGAUACCAUUAGGGUGUUAAAGUCUCCACAUUUUAUUGACAACUCCAUUAUGACAAUCAGGGUGAUGGACAGAAUAUACAGAGUGGAUUCUUCACAAAGAUCUGCACCUUCUCCUAAUUCAUCUACAGGAGAAAUUUUCCCUGUUGGAGCUAGCCAUGAAGGAAUUACUAGUAUAGUUCGAGGUUCAAUUUCCCAUUGUUCUAGUUCAACAGAUUUAUAUCGGAAACACACUUCAGUAACUCAGUCUUGUUCAACCCCUGCUCGUGGAUCUCUUUCAUCAACCAUAGGAUCCACGUCUUCCUGUGAAGACGUUAGUUCACCACUCUUCCAAACUAGUGAUGCUAUCGAUGUAGACGACCAUUUGGAUUUGAUUGAGACUGAGGACGGAUAUCUCCCUGUGAGAAGUAUUCAACCAUCAGAAAUUACCCCGGAGAGAAGAAGGGUAACGAUAAGUUCUCCGCUAAGAUCUGCACCAAGGCCCAACUUUCUUAAUCUUGCGCCCUCGACUAUUUCCUUCAGUUCGCAGACAGAUUUGGAAUCGAGUUCACAUCAUAAUGAAAAUGAAUCUACCACAGCCACUAAAAUGUACAAUCCGAGUUCUAGGAUUAAUUUUGAGAAAUCUAAUAUAUCUCCAAGUCAAGAGGACAAGUCAAGAUUUAAUCAUACUACAAAUAGGUCUUCAAUCAGUAGUACAGGUGAUCUGGUAUCUAGUCGGAAAGAAAACUGUUCAAAAAUAAACAAGGACUACCCGGAGCUACAAUCUACAAAGGUUGAAAGCAAUAUUUGUUCGCAGAAUACUCAAUUGGAACAGCAUAAAGAUAUUUUAGCAAAGCUUGCGCUUGAUCUCAAGGAUGACAUAUCAACAAGUAUAGCUGGAGUCAGACACUGGAACCGUCCUAAUGGUUCCGCUUACGGCGUAUCGGAUAGUUUGUACGAACGCAACCCUGCAACUAAUGAGCAGGCUGGACACCCUAUCGCUGAUACAUUCGCUGUGGUGGCCAGGAAAAAUUCAGCAAUUUUGGUUCUAGGGGACGGGGUUAACUGGGGACCUAAAGCUGCUCUUGCAUCCCGUGCAGCAGUUUACGGAGCUAUGGAAUACCUGAACACAGCAUUAUUCGGAGUUACCAGAAGCCGUAGUCUAAGCACCCAGGAUGUUUUUCAAAUUUUACUGAGAAGCUUCCACGCAGCUCAUUGUUUAAUUCUAGAACAGGAUGCAAUGUUAACUACCCUGACAGCAGCAAUUCUACUGCCCACAGAGGGAAACCGGUUCCAUUUUUGUGUAUGCAAUGUUGGGGAUAGCUUGGCCUACGUCUACUCAAAUGGGGAGGUUCGAGAGGUUACCCAAGGUAGUCAUGAUAUAACGGCAAACAGAGAUAUGAGAGAUGCAUUAGGAGCUUUGGGUCCUGUAGAUGGAUUGAAUCCUGAGUUAUCAAAUCUUACUUGUAGUAUAACAGAGGUUCUUCCUGGGGAUAUUGUCUUUUUAACUAGUGAUGGAAUAUCUGAUAAUUUUGACCCUGUAGUGGGCAAGUUUUGUAUACCUAAGAAGCCUGAGAGAUCUAGCUCACUCAAGAGUGGCCCAAAUAUACCCCGGAGUAGACGAGUAUCUGACUCAGAUUUUUUACCAACAGUUGAAGGAUUCCAGAGACACGAACUGACGCUGCUGAGGAUAGAAGAUAUUCUUAACCAUGACUGGGGUUCCAACUCAAUACUUAAUUCAGGCUGUGGUAGAGUAAACAGUGCUGCUGAGCUGUGUCAGCGAAUGUUGGAUUUUUGUCAACGGCUCACUACAGCAAAGAGGAAAAUAUUAGAAGAUCCGGAAUUGUAUCCGGAACAUGACCAAGAUAUGCAGGACCAGAAACUCCGACGUCGGAAGGUUUGUGAAAAGUUAGCCCUGGUUCCUGGUAAGCUGGAUCAUGCUACAAUUUGUGCCUACCAGGUCGGUGACAGAACGCAGGAGCUAUCCGACUACAAGGGGGACAGGACGGAUCUAGUAGGUAGAAAUACUCCUGGACUGGCAGUUUUCGCGCCCCGGGCGUCCUGUGAAGAUUUGUCAAUGCGAGAUUCUCCGGAUUCAGGGGAUGAUGUAACCCCAACUCCUAGUAUAUCGUUAGAUUCAACUCCCCUUGCUAGUGGAGCCAGUAGCCUGGCAGCUACCCCUACACAUACUCCUAGAUCACAUCCUUUCUCUUAAACUAGUCUUGUAAAUUUAAUCUUAUAAGGGACAAUUAUUUUUUCCAGGAUGCUUUUGAGUCACCUGUGUCCCUAUUUAAUAGUCUAGUUGGAAUAAUUAGUAUCAGACAGAACCAUAUCGAAAAAAGCUCCUUGUUUUUACUUUUAGGUCAUUAUAUCUCCUUCGAAAAAACAUAAACAUAAAAACAUUCAAAUUUAGAAAUCGCUAUUGAAGAUUAAUAAAAUGCUAAUAAAUUUUAAGGAUAAAAAGGGGGGGGGACUUACACGCAGUUUUGGCCGUUUUCAUACACAACCUAUAAAUUAAUGUCAUGUAAAUAACCUAGCACAUUUUUUUUCAACACCGUAUUAUUUUUUUCACAUUCGCAAAUUUUGUCACAAUAAUUGUCCAGAUCAGAUCAAUUGAAAAAUCGGCUCGCCUUUCUAUUCUAAAUAAAAGGUUUUAUUUUUAAUCCUUUAUAGUCAAUGCAAUGAUCAUGAAUCCUGAUGCAAUUACACUUUUACAUUUACUAGUUUUGCUGUCUAAAAAUCCUGGUUGUAGAUGAUCUCUUCGUACAUUCAAGUUAUGAAUGAAUGGAAAUAUGUGUGUAACUUUAUUUUUUUAAACCUCGUUUUUAUGGCUUGAAU